UUGAAACACAGCUACCAAAUGUCUGCUGCAAUCUCCCUUGUAUAUAUAUAAAUAAAAAUCGACCCUAGUUUCGCAACAUCAAUCGGAUUUUUCUCACAAAUUCUUAUCCAUAAAAAUCCAUCACGAUACUACUAAUUCACCUAUCACAUGAAUUCCGUUGGCAAUGAAGGUGUCCGUUUUGAAGGUUUAGAACAACAAGUUCUCAUGAAUUUUUCUUCCGCUGGAAUUCAAGCUACUCUCAACAACCUGAGUAAGUGGCUGGUGGCUGUAGUUUUCGGUAUUAUGUUCCUUUGGAGGCAUGAUAUAGAAACAUUAUGGGCUUUUUGUGGUGUUGUUGUCAAUGACCGUCUCUCAACUGUACUGAAGGGCAUACUUAACCAUGAACGCCCCGUUUUAUCAUUAAGAUCAGACCCUGGGAUGCCUUCUUCACAUGCCCAGUCCAUCUUCUACACAGUCGCAUUCUGUAUCAUCUCAAUGGUUGAAUAUUUCGGGUGCAAUGGAAUUACUGCAGUCACUAGUGUGCUUAUUAUUGCAAUGGGCUCAUACUUUUCAUGGUUACGGGUUUCACAACGAUUUCACACGUUAAACCAAGUAGCAGUGGGUGCAGUACUAGGAUUCUGUUUUUCCAUUUUCUGGUUCUGGCUGUGGGAUGCCUUACUCAUCAAGGCAUUUAUAGCCCAUUUUUGAGUUCGGAUUAUGGCUGUUGUUGGUGCUGCUGGUUCUUGUGUUGGAUUCCUCCUAUACGUGGUUCGGAACUGGGUUCAUGACAACAAACAUUGAUUCUUAAUUUAUUAUAGUGUAUGUGAG